AUGUAAAUUGACACUUGGCAGCUCCAUGAUUGGUGGCCUUAUUCUCGCCUUUGGUGGGGUGGUGCUUAGUGCUGCUGCUGCUGCUCCUCGGCCUGCUCUGGCUUUGCUGUGUCUAAAUUGUAGAACCCUUGCUUUUCUGAUACGCCUUUCAUCAGCAACUUCGGGUUUGGCAGCCGUCUGCAGGAGCUUGGCUGUUUGCAGCUCAGGCACAACGUUGAGGAGCUUGUAGCUGUCGUUGGAAUUGCCAGACCUUCUUUGAUCCUGAUGUUAGUGGUGGUUAGCAAGGGCGCGCUCAACGUAAGAUCAGAUGAGGAUGUUGCGCGGUUACCUGGAACUGAGAGGAACCAUUUUGUUCCGCUUGCCUUUGUUGCUCCUGCUGGUUUCUGUUGGUCGUACAAGGGCGAGCUCCGGUGACAGAAGUGAAGACUUCAGCGGGUGCCUCGCCAACUGCCGAGCGAGUGGGUGCGCAUUUCUCUCGGCUCAAGCGACCAAAGGCGCCAAAGGUUCCACUUGCAUCCCAGAUUGCAUACCGCCUGCGAGCGGUGAGGCCGGUGAGGGGGGAGCCGAGAGCAAACUGCUUACCACCGCUUGGGAGCUGCGGGCGCUGCGAUGGACGUGCAACAGCGAAUGCAAGUACCAGUGCAUGGUCCAGCGGGAGGCCGCCAAGACCGGGGCUGCGCCUGAGAAGUACUAUGGAAAGUGGCCGUUCAAGCGAGUGCUCGGUGCACAGGAACCCGCUUCCCUCCUCCUCUCCCUUCUGAAUCUUCUGGCGCACGCGUAUGGCCUGCUCAGCCUGCGGCGCACCGUUGCGCGGCUGCCGCUGGUUGAGGGCCGCGCCGCGUAUCCGUACACGGGGCUGUGGCACUUGUAUGCAAUUUUCAACAUCAAUGCCUGGCUCUGGAGCGCCGUAUUCCACGCCAGGGACUGCAAGGUAACGGAGCAGCUGGACUACUACUCCGCGGUCGCGCUCCUCGGCUUCUCCCUCAUCGUCGCACUGAUCCGGGCGCUGGGGCUCCGAACCGAGGCGGCGCAAGUGACCGUGUCCGCGCCAAUCAUUGGCUUUACCACGACGCACAUCUUCGCUCUCAUGACCUUCAUUGACGACUACUCAUGGAACAUGAAGGUCUGCCUGACGAUGGGCGCACUCCAACUUGGGACGUGGGCGAUUUGGGGCGUUCGGUCGAGACACCCCAGUCUUCUCAAGCUGCUCGUUGCAAUCUUGGGGGUUGCUGGUGCGACUGCGCUCGAGGUGUUUGAUUUCCCCCCUUAUUUUGGAGUUUUUGACGCGCACUCUCUGUGGCAUGCUGCGACGGUGCCACUUGUGCUACUCUGGUGGAGUUGGGUCAACGAUGAUGCUCGAUACGUCGCUCAAAAGGCUUUGAAAGGCAAAGACGUGGCAGAAAAGGGCAAAACUAGUUAGAAGUCGUGUGGACGUUUGCUUGCACUCUGCGUAUAUAAAAACUCAGGUAAUUGCAACCUUAGCCGUGGUAGUUGAUAGUGUCUAUGUCGGACCCUGCCCUUACAAGCUUGCGGUCUGGCUGCGGCGUUGCAAACGAAUUGGCGAGGAAGACUGGAUAAAUCAAGUCCAAAUGUUGAUGACUGUGUGACACUUUCUAAUGGGACUCGCUUGACGGCCCGCGGCGGCAGCAUCACAUCUCAACGUAGAUUUAUCACAAGGC